ACAAGUCACCACGCGGCUUCAGUCUUCACUUCUUGAGCUUCUUAGACUUCACACAUACCGUCUCAGCAUGUCACCCAAGAAGGCCAAGAGGAGGGCAGGAGGAGGAGAGGGUUCCUCCAACGUGUUCUCCAUGUUUGAGCAGAGCCAGAUUCAGGAGUACAAAGAGGCUUUCACAAUCAUUGACCAGAACAGAGACGGUAUCAUCAGCAAAGACGACCUUAGGGACGUGUUGGCCUCAAUGGGCCAGCUGAACGUGAAGAAUGAGGAGCUGGAGGCCAUGAUCAAGGAAGCCAGUGGCCCAAUCAACUUCACCGUUUUCCUCACCAUGUUUGGAGAGAAGCUGAAGGGUGCUGACCCCGAAGACGUCAUUGUGUCUGCCUUCAAGGUGCUGGACCCAGAGGGCACUGGCCUCAUCAAGAAGGAAUUCCUUGAUGAGCUUCUGACCACUCAGUGCGACAGGUUCUCCGCAGAGGAGAUGAAGAAUCUGUGGGCCGCCUUCCCCCCAGAUGUUGCUGGCAAUGUUGACUACAAGAACAUCUGCUACGUCAUCACACACGGAGAGGAGAAGGAGGAGUAAACGGUCGUGGAGUCAAGACAGAAAAUGAAAAGAUGAACGUGCAUCCCUCACUGCUUAACUCUCCCAGUCUGUUCUUCCUUCUCUUACUUUGUGUUUCUUCCUCCCUUUCUAUCAUCUUUGUUACUCUCAAGCACUUACUCUCCAUCUCUCCAAAGACUUGUCUCGCGGAGGCUGAAUUGGGAGGGUGGAGGGGCUCAUGACCACGGUGUCUGUCAAGUGGGGAUAUGGGAUUGUUUUCAAUAAAAUGAACAUCAUUUCUGUAUUUCUCA